AUGUCUAUCGCCGCCAUUUCUCCCCUAACCAGCCAGCUAGUCGAAGUUUCCAAAGGUGGACCUCGCCGAACGGUUCCGUUAUCACUUCUUCUCAGUCUCAACCAGUUGUUGAAAAAGUCCAUUUUCUCGAGAAAAUUCUACCAGGAAAUCAACGACAAGGUAUUGGCGAAGUCAAGCACUGUAGACACAAACCUCUAUUUCAUCUGCUACUUCACUUUGCUUGUUUCUGCCAUUUUGAACAACAAGAGCCACAUCAAACAUUUUCUUCAGACCCAAAAGUACAACUUGAUUCAAGUAGUAAAGAAGGUUCUUCAGAACACUUUGGGCGAACGUGCUUCCGACUUGACAAAUACAAACAACAAGUUCGUCAACAAAUUGUUCUCGACCCCAAAGCCGGUGUAUACCGAGGGUAAGCCAUCAAAACUUGCUGUUCACUUCAAGGCUAUCAGCUCGUAUUUGGCUGAUAUCAGAAUUUUCAACAGACUCACCGAGUCGAUCAAGUACAUGCCUUGGAUCAUUGACGAGUAUAGAGCGUAUGCAGACCCUUCUAAUCCUGUUCCUAAGUUUACUCGCUUUGUCAAUUUGCUCCAAUCGCUCAACUGUUUGGCUUUAGAAUUGCUUGAAAACGCUGGUUGGAUUACUGACCAUAACUGGGUUGGAACUGGUGAUAAUGCUUGGUGGUGCACCGAGACUUACAUCUGGUGCUCGAGAAUCUGGGGUGCUUAUCUUGUAAUUGAGAUUCUAGAGUUAGUCAGAAGAAACCCUGUAGCCAAAUGGGAUUCGAAUUGGAAAAUCGCUAUGUUCAAGCAGUUGAUCCAAGUUCCUUUGGUUCUCCAUUGGUCUUUAUAUGAUGGCUGUUUGACUCCAUUCUGGGUGGGAGUCUGUGGUUGUGGUGCUUCUUGGUGGGGCUUCAAAGACAUGUGGAGCUCUAUUGACUUAAGUUGAGCAUAAUAUCAUAUUAUUUAUUAGAAUAUAGAAGACUU